AGAAAAAGUCCCAAGUCUAGAGAUUUUCCAUUGAUCCAGCUGCUGCUGCUGCUCUCGUUCUCCACCAGCAAGGAAAAAAGACAAAGGUUUGAGAGAGAUGGCAUCAAAGUUGAUACAGCUGAAAUCAAAGGCGUGCGAGGCAUCAAAGUUUGUGUCAAAGCACGGCACAACUUACUACAAACAGUUGCUGGAGAAGAACAAGCAGUAUAUCCAGGAGCCAGCCACUGUUGAGAAGUGCCAAGAGUUGUCUAAGCAGCUUCUCUACACUCGUCUCGCUAGCAUUCCCGGACGUACUGAGUCGUUCUGGAAGGAAGUGGAUCACGUCAAGGGGUUGUGGAAGAACCGGGCGGAUUUGAAGGUUGAAGAUGCUGGGAUCGCAGCACUUUUUGGGCUGGAAUGCUUCGCUUGGUACUGUGCGGGUGAGAUCGUUGGAAGAGGCUUCACUUUCACCGGCUACUACCCUUGAACAAACAAACAGACAAUGCCUUUGCUUACAACCAUUGAAGGCUGAAACUGGCGGUUUUAUUAUCUUUGGAUCUCCUGGCUGAUAUUUUAGUAUAAGUUUCAAAUUUAUUUUCUGUUUUUGGAUAAUUAAUACACACAUGUUUUUUUUAAAAGCCGAGGCCAUAUCAUGCUAGCUCUUAAUAAUAUCAGUCGACAACUUGUUUGCUUUUUGGUUUUGUUUCUCGAGUGUGGAUGACCUUUUGCUGGUA